UUUAUUAUUGAUUGAAUUCAUCUUAUUAUUUAAUCUUAAUUCGAUCUGUUUGUUAACAAGAGUGUGGUAAUUUUGAGGAGAAGGGUAAAACCGACAAAGGGAAAAACAAAAUGAUUAUUUUGCUGUGGAGGAAAAGAGAUCAGGAAUUCCGCUGAAAAUCCCAGUAGAAAACGCGGUAUUUCCUCUCUCUCCUCCCUCCUUAUUUUCGAACCCUUUUUAAAUCAUUUUGGAACUCAUCUCGCCGGGUUAGACGGUGCCUUAUUAUUUUCCCUCUUGCCGAAAAAAAAAACCACCACAACCCCAAAGGAGGUAAGAAAGAAAGAAAGAGAUCCCAAAACUCUCUCUAUCGGAGAAAGGAAAGCGAAGGCGUGAAGAGAGGAAAAUGGCGGAUCAGCUCACCGACGACCAGAUCUCCGAGUUCAAGGAGGCCUUCAGCUUGUUCGACAAGGAUGGCGAUGGGUUGUAUCACCACCAAGGAGCUGGGAACCGUGAUGAGGUCGCUGGGCCAGAACCCUACGGAGGCAGAGCUCCAGGACAUGAUCAAUGAGGUGGACGCUGAUGGAAACGGGACCAUUGACUUCCCAGAGUUCCUGAACCUGAUGGCAAGGAAGAUGAAGGACACCGAUUCCGAGGAGGAGCUGAAGGAGGCCUUCAGAGUCUUCGACAAGGACCAGAACGGUUUCAUCUCAGCCGCUGAGCUCCGCCACGUGAUGACCAACCUCGGCGAGAAGCUGACCGACGAGGAGGUCGACGAGAUGAUCAGGGAGGCUGAUGUCGACGGCGAUGGCCAGAUCAAUUACGAGGAGUUCGUCAAGGUCAUGAUGGCCAAGUAAAUGAUCUCUCUACCCCCCAGUUACCACGUCUGAUAAGGAACUUAUUGAUUUUUAAGAAGAAAAAAUUACAAAAAAAAAGUGAAUCGUGUUCUUUUUGGGGCAAAUUCUAAGAAAGUGGAGCAGUAGGAAUUUGUGGUGUUUUUGUUUUUUGUUUUACUUAGUGGGUGGAGCUGGUGGUGUGACAUUUCUAUCUCUGUUAUAAACUUCUCUGUCUAUUAUGUUUGUCUAUUGAAUGUUAUAUUUUCUACAUUAGCAUCUUUCGAGUACUUGAAGAGUGGCUUGGGGAGAAAGGAUUCAGCGUUUAUCUUUAAUGAAUGAAUGCAAAUGUUCUGUUCUUCAUUUGUGGCGUUGUUUUCAGCUUGUGGAAACUGGAAAGGCAGCCUUGUUUGUCUUCUUAAUCGUAAUCUAUGGAAUGGGAUUUUUAUUUUAUGUGGGAGGAAAGG